AUGUGGAAAAAUAAGGAGGAAGAUACUUUACUUAGUUUCUCUAAUAACCACAUUGACAUCUCUACUAAGAUAGCAGGUAUGGAAGAAUGGUGGUUAACUGGACUUUAUGGAGAACCAAAUAGGUCCUUGCGCAUGAACACUUGGAAUCUUAUGCGAAAAUUAAAGGAAGAGUCUCAACUUCCUUGGUGUGUCAUCGGAGAUGUUAAUAAUUUUCUUAGUCGAAUAGACAAGAGGGGUGGUAACCCAUACCCGAAUUGGCUGUUAGAAGGAUUUCAAUCUGCUUUACUUGAUUGCAAUCUGGUGGAUUUGGAUUUGGUGGGUCUUCAAUUUACGUGGGAGAAGAGUAGAAGGACUGAGAAUUGGAUAGAGGUCUGGCUGGACCGUACUCUGGUUUGUCAUGCUUGGAUGAGUUUAUUUCAAUCGACUAGAGUCCUCAAUUUAGAAAUUACGUCCUCAGAUCAUUCUCCAAUCUUCCUAGACCCUAAUUUUCGCUAUGCGCAUAAAAAAUUUCAUUUUGAGAACGCUUGGCUUAGGGAGCCUUCUUGUUUUCAAAUUGUGGAAGACUGUUGGUCUCGUAAUAGAACCCUCUCGGUCUGGGAGAAAACUGCGGCUUGUAGAGAUAUGUUGGAAGAGUGGGGAACAAGAAUCACAAGGAAUUUUAAGGAGAGAAUCCAAAAGUGUAAGUUGCAGUUGCGACAACUUAAAGGAAAGAGAGAUGGGGCUUCCAUCUAUGCUUACAAGGGCACAAAGAAUUUGUUAGCUGAAAUUUUUCAUCAAAAGGAGGUCUUUUGGAGACAAAGAUCGAAGCAAUUCUGGUUGAAGAAUGGAGAUCAAAAUAGUAAGUUCUUUCAUGCUUCUGCUAGUGCUAGAAGAAAGAAUAAUUUUAUCCAUAAGCUUCAGAGGGAUGAUGGAGAUUCGACGGACUGGGAUAAUGGCCUACCACGACUUAUUGAGGAUUAUUUUUGA